CAACCAACCGGACGCUUUCACCUUAGCAACCAGCACAGCUCCCACCAUGGCUGAAGAGGAAGUUGCUGCCCCAAAAGAGAAAGUUCUCCGGAUCCAGAGGCUAUUCAUAAACCUGCUGGACACCUACAGCAGCGGAAACAUAGGAAAGUUCCUAGCUAACUGUGUAGCUGGCGCCUCACUCAAGGAGAUUGCAGAAGAGGAGGAAGAGGAAGAUGAAGCAAAGUCAGCAGCCCCAGAAUCUUCCUCAGGCAAAGUGAAGGAAGGCACUUUCCAAAUUGUGGGCACCUUGUCCAAGCCAGAAAGUAUCCAGCCUGACUUUGCUGUGGAGACGUACUCGAUGAUCUCUAGAGAAGACCUUCGCACACGCCUGCUGGAGUGUGAUGUUGUCAUCUAUAACAUCACUGAGCACACACAGCAAGUGGAGGAAGCCAUAUGGGCAGUCUCCGCACUGAAUGAAGAAGUUGGACAUUUUGAAAAGCAGAAGGUGUUUAUUUUGUUGUCCACGGUGAUGACCUGGGCAAAAUCGAAACCUCUGGACCCUGAUGAUACUGACAUUCCGUUUACAGAAGAGGAUUAUCGAAGACGAAAGCACCAUCUUAACUUUCUGGACCACAUCAAUGCUGAGAAAAUAGUUCUCAAAUUUGGAAAAAAUGCCAAAAAGUUUGCAACUUAUGUAGUGGCUACAGGACUUCAGUAUGGAGUGGAAGGGGGCAUCUUGCAUGCCUUUUUUAAGAUGGCUUGGCUGGGCGAGAUGCCAGCGCUACCUGUUUUUGGAGAUGGAACAAACGUAAUUCCGGCCAUUCAUGUUCUUGAUCUCGCAGGGAUGGUGUUUUGGACCUUGGCGGGGGUUGGGGAGGAUUUGCAGGCCUUGGAACACAGAGGUGGCUUCUUCAGAGCCCUGCAGCCACUUGACCUGCAUUUUCCACACUCACCAAGCCUCCCAGCCAUGUCCAGGCAGGUCCCUGGGGCCUUGUUAGCAGAUCCUGACCCAAGCACCAGGUGGGCAGCUGGUUUGGCUGUUUGUGCAGCGGGAGCUCUGAGCUCUAUGUUUUACUGUGCCCUGCAGUGCAUCAGUAAAAAUACCGGCCCUGGGAAAGUCCAGAAAGUUCCCAAAGAAAAUGCUUUUCUAACCAAGGACUUGACACAAGAACAACUUGACCAUUUACUGGUCAACUUGAGGAUGGAAGCUCUGUUUGUGAAGGAGAAUUUUAACAUCCGAUGGGUCGCCCAAACUGGUUUUGUGGAAAAUAUCAACAACAUCCUCAAAGAGUACAAGCAGAGCAGAGGAUUACUGCCAAUCAAGAUCUGUAUUCUCGGUCCUCCUGCUGUGGGAAAAUCCAGUAUUGCUGAAGAAUUGUCCAAACACUACAAACUGCAUCACAUUAAGUUGAAAGAUGUGAUUUCUGAAUCCAUUGCGAAACUGGAGUCGACUGUUGCACCCCAGGAGAUUGUGGAAGGAGAUGAAGAAGGUGAAGAGGAGGAAGAGGAGGAGAAUGUGGAAGAUGCCCAGGAGCUCCUAGAUGGCAUCAAGGAGAGCAUGGAGCAGAAUGCAGGUCGGCUAGAAGAUCAGUAUAUCAUUAGAUUUGUGAAAGAAAAGCUCAAAUCUAUGCCUUGUAGGAACCAAGGUUACAUUUUGGAUGGAUUUCCAAAGACAUAUGACCAAGCAAAAGACCUGUUCAACCAGGAAGACGAGGAAGAAGAAGAAAUCAGAGGCCGAAUGCUCCCCUUUGAUAAGUUAAUUACACCUGAAUUUGUGUGUGGCCUGGAUGCCUCUGACGAGUUUCUGAAAGAGCGGGUGAUGAACCUCCCUGAGAGCGUCGUGGCAGGGACCCACUACAGCCAGGACCGGUUCCUCCCGUCCCUAAGCAACUACAGGGACAUCAAUACCGACGAUGAGACCGUCUUCAACUACUUUGAUGAAAUCGAAGUCCACCUAAUACACAUUGAUGUAGGAAAACUUGAAGACGCUCAGAACAGACUUGCUAUCAAACAGCUCAUUAAAGAGAUUGGGGAGCCUCGAAAUUAUGGUUUAACGGAAGAGGAAAAGGAAGAAGAGGAGAAGAGGGCUGUGGAGGAACGCCUGGCCAAGGAGGCUGCCGAGGAGGCAGAACGUGAACGCAAGGAGGCUGUGGAAAUGGCAGAGAAGAUAGCUUGCUGGGAGGAGUGGAGUAAACGACUAGAGGAAGUGAAGAGAGAGGAGAGGGAGCUGCUGGAGGCUCAGUCCAUCCCCUUGAGAAACUACUUGAUGACUUAUGUGAUGCCCACACUGAUGCAGGGACUGAACGAGUGUUGUAAGGUCAGACCUGAUGACCCUGUUGAUUUUCUGGCAGAAUAUCUUUUCAAGAACAAUCCUGAAAUGCAGUGA